GUUGUUUCCGGAAAUUCCGGUCUACUUUCAGAGUUUCACGCGCGCUCAAAUGUCAGUCAAACAACUGCGGUGUACAGUCGGCUAUCAACAUUUUUGACGGUUUCUUAUUGUUUUAACUUAAAUCUAGACAUUUGCAUAAUAACUUCAGAAAUGCCAGCUGCUGAUUACGACCAGGCCUCUCUACCGGACCUAUUGCCUCUCUACUACCGCCGACUUUUCCCUUUCUCUCAAUAUUACCGGUGGCUGAACUAUGGAGGAGGUGAGUAGUUGGCUAGCUAGCCUGCUCUUGAACUAGAAUCUGGGUUUACAGGAGACCAGCCAUUCACCAGCUUUUUAAGCUUAAUAAUGUCAAAAUACGUUGGGAAUUUACCAAAUAAUUGCGUUUCGCUGAGCAACCAUCGUAAUUACUGACGUUAUGACCGGUAAAUUAUGAACUGUAUUUCCCAAAAAUCUCUAAAUAAAAAGUAGCAUGCAUCCGAAAAAAAAGUAUUGUUUUUGACCAAGUGCGCAUGCUUCUUCUGCAAUUACUCAUUACUGCUAUGCAUAGGUCGGAUGCAGUUGGUAAAAAAAACAAUACUAAGAUUCACCAAAAAGUGUUGGAUUCUUCACACAACACACUAAGACAUCCCAUUCCACUACCUUUUGGGGGUCGUUCCUCUUCAAAAAGCACAAGAAAGAGGAUUUUGACACCCACCAUCUCAGCUUGUUCUAAAAUCGUUUAUGUAGUUAGAAACAGAUAAGAUUAGCAUUCCUGCAACAUUUUGUUGAAAUAUAAUUUGAUCUCUGUGAAAUUAAGCUAAUUGAUUAAACCCAAAUUGCCAUUUUAAUUUAUAGGAUUCAAUAAAUAUAGUACCCAACAUCCGAUUUGGACAACUUUUUUUCUAACUGAGUUAGAAAAAAAAAAGUUUAUAUAGUAUCAGUUCUCUAUGUCUGACAAGUAGUAUGGAGCUGAGUAUUGUUUCUUCAUCCUAUGUAAUGUAGUCCCAGGGAAUUUGGUGAUGUUUUUUUCCCCCUGUUCAGAGAAGUUAGUCAUUGAAGUUGUUAGGUUAAUGUCCCAUCCUACAUCCAGAUCUGACCAUGUUCUGACCACUAGAUGGCGCUGUUCCUGCUAUUAGGUGAUUAUAAUUUAUUUAUUUUGCAAUUUGGGUGAACUAUCCAUUUAACAUUGCCCCCCAGUGUUAAAAGGGAUAGUUCACCCAAAUUACAAAAUGACAUUGAUUUCCUUACCCUGUAAGCAGUUUAUGUACAAGAUGUGGUCCUCUGUAGCUCAGCUGGUAGAGCACGGCGCUUGUAACGCCAAGGUAGUGGGUUCGAUCCCCGGGACCACCCAUACACAAAAAAAUAAUGUAUGCACGCAUGACUGUAAGUCGCUUUGGAUAAAAGCGUCUGCUAAAUGGCAUAUUAUUAUUAUUAUAAGAUAUGACAGUAACCCAUGCUUUGGUUUUGUUUACCAGGCCACUAUUUCAAUAGAAGGACACUGUAAAGUCCAUUAUGCCUCUGAAGAGUAUGAAUCCUUAGCAACUGAAUCCCAGUAAAAUAUAUUAUCAAUGGCAACAUAAGGUUUUUCGGGAAUACUUUGAAAAGUAACAUGACACUGUGUUAAUCAGUCGGAUCUGCUGGCUAGGAGCACUCCAAACAAAACACAAUGGAAAAAAUUGCCAAAACUUGUACAUGAUGGUUAUGAAAUAAACCAAAACUGGUUUUUCACAAGUGUAGCAGGUUGUGAACUCUGCAAACAAAGUUUCCACUCUGAGAAUGAGAACAGUAAAUGACUGUAAUUAAUACAUGCAUUAACAGAAAUUAAUGUAACCAAAUUAUGGGGAUUAACGGUACAUUUUACUACUGGGGACAUACAGUACCAGUCAAAAGUUUGGACACACAUUCUCUCAACCAGCUUCACCUGGAAUGCUUUUCCAACAGUCUUGAAGGAGUUCCCACAUAUGCUGAGCACUUGUUGGCUGCUUUUCCUUCACUCUGCGGUCCAACUCAUCCCAAACCAUCUCAACUGGGUUGAGGUCGGGUGAUGCAGCACUCCAUCACUCUCCUUCUUGGUCAAAUAACCCUUACACAGCCUGGUGGUGUGUUGGGUCAUUGUCCUGAUGAAAAACAAAUGAUAGUCCCACUAAGCGCAAACCAGAUGGGAUGGCGUAUCGCUGCAGAAUGCUGUGGUAGUCAUGCUGGUUAAGUGUGCCUUGAAUUCUAAAUAAAUCACAGAGAGUGUCACCAGCAAAGCACCAUCACACCUCCAUGCUUCAAGGUGGGAACCACACAUGCAGAGAUCAUCCGUUCACCUACUCUGCGUCUCACAAAGACACAGCGGUUGAAACCAAAAAUCUCAAAUUUGGACUCAUCAGAUCAAAGGACAGAUUUCCACCGGUCUAAUGUCCACUGCUCGUGUUUCUUGGCCCAAGCAAGUCUCCUCUUCUGAUUUGGUGUCCUUUAGUAGUGGAUUCUUUGCAGCAAUUCGACCAUGAAUGCCUUAUUCACGCAGUCUCCUCUGAACAGUAGAUGUGUCUGUUACUUGAACUCUGUGAAGCAUUUAUUCGGGCUGCAAUCUGAGGCUGGUAACUCUAAUGAACUUAUCCUCUGCAGCAGAUGUAACUCUGGGUCUUCCAUUCCUGUGGUGGUCCUCAUGAGAGCCAGUUUCAUUAUAGCGUUUGAUGGUUUUUGACACUGCACUUGAAAUAACUUUCUUGAAAUUUUCCAUAUUGACUGACCUUCAGGUCUUAAAGUAUUGAUGGACUGUCGUUUCUCUUUGCUUAUUUGAGCUGUUCUUGCCAUAAUAUGGACUUGGUCUUUUACCAAAUAGGGCUAUCUUCUGUAUUCCUCCCCUACCUUGUCACAACACAACAUUGGCUCAAACGCAUCAAGAAGGAAAGAAAUUCCACAAAUUAACUUUUAAGAAGGCACACCUGUUAAUUGAAAUGCAUUCCAGGUGACUACCUCAUGAAGCUGGUUGAGAGAAUGCCAAGAGUGUGCAAAGCUGUCACCAAGACAAAGGGUGGCUACUUUGAAGAAUCUAAUUUUAACAAUUUUUUGUUACUACAUGAUUCCAUAUGUUAUUUCAUAGUUUUGAUGUCUUCACUAUAAUUCUACAAUGUAGAAAAUAGUUAAAAUAAAGAAAAACCCUUGAAUGAGUAGGUGUGUCCAAACAUUUGACCGGUACUGUAUGUAAUGGGGAAUUGAUCAAAAUAAACAAAGGGCAAACAAUCCACACAAAUAAAUAAUGAAUGCGCAAGAAUUGGCGGGCAAAAGCUGAGCACAUUCUGGAGAGCUGAGCACAUGCGUUCUGGAGAGAUACCCAAUAUCUUCGCCACACACCGCUGCCCUUGUUUCAACAAAAAUAUACUCAACACAUUUCUUCAUACAUAUUUUGGAUGCUUUUCGCUGACAGCCGCAACUCAAUAAUCAGCUAGGCCUAUUGUCACGUGCGCUGCCCAAAUAGCGCUUGUCAGCUUGUAGUCCUAAAAACCCAAAAUGAGUUACCUCUGGUUUGUUCAGCCAUUCAUAUGAGGAAAGAAUAGGGUUUUGGAUUACGGUAAAUGCCAAAAAUAAGGUUUGAGGUUAACACAGGCUUAGAAGAUCUUACACGUUUUGUUCUAUGGUUAUUUAUUUUUUUACCCAUAUUUUACCAUGUAAGUUGACUGAACACAUUCUAAUUUACAGCAACGACCUGGGGAAUAGUUACAGGGGAGAGGAGGGUGGAUGUAUGAGCCAAUUGGAAGCUGGGGAUGAUUCGGUGGCCAUGAUGUUAUUAGGUCCAGAUUAGGAAUUUAGCCAGGACACCGGGGUUAACACCCCUACUCUUACGGUAAGUGCCAUGGGAUCUUUAUUUACCACUGAGUGUCAGAACACCUGUUUAACGUCCCAUCCGAAAGACAGCACCCUACACAGGGCAAUGUCCCCAAUCACUGCCAUGGGCCAUUGGGAUAUUUUUGUUAGACCAGUGUCUGUCCUACUGGCCCUCCAACACCACUUCCAGCAGCAUCUGGUCUCCCAUCCAGGGAUUGACGAGGACCAACCCUGUUUAGCCUCAGAGGCAAGCCAGCAGAGGGAUGCAGGGUGGUAUGCUGCUGAAUUAUGAAGCCUUUAUGUGCUUUGUAAUUUUUUGAAUUACAUAAAUGCUUCAAAAUUCACAGUGAUGUUAACUGAUGAUUAUCUCAUAGAACAAAACGUAUAAAAUCUAUUUUUAAAGAAGCUAAUGAUCCUCUGUGGCUAACUCAUGGUCUCUGGUGAAGUAUUUUGAAUGAUUUUAUUUUGUACAGACAGGAGUAAAUAUAUAAUUUUGGCAAAUUUAUUUCAAUUUACUUUAAGCCUAUUGGAUGUGCCGCCUAUUCAAAAAGUAGGUUACCUUCACAUGUUUGUCCAAAAUAAUUCCUGCAUCCGAACGGUGCACUGUGCACCCGCCAAUUUGCAUGGCUGAAACUAUUUCACCGGAGAAAGCAUCAGAGCGAGUGAAACUGCGCCCCUGUCUUACUAAAUGUAGCCAAUGCUGUUUGGCCAAAAAGACAAUGACAUGCCAUACUCUUUUUGACCAGACAGCAUCAGAUACAUGGGCUACACAUACUGAGACAGAGGACAGCUGUUUCGCUCGUUGGGAUGCUUUAUCUGAGAUUGAUGCAUCUUUCUUUCCGCGUGCAUCUCAGUGAAAUAAAUUAUCAAUAUUUUAUUUGGAUGGGCAAUGAGGUACGCUAUGGCGGGCCAGGCCCACUAAGGCCCACCCAUAACGCUGCCCCUGUAUCCUACUCGAAAUAAAAGGUUGGGAAAAAUGACAUCAGGCACUAUACAAAAAUAGACACAAUAAAAAGCCCAUCCCACACCUUCAGUCAUAGUCCAAUUCAAAUCAAAUCCCGUCAGGUUCAGGCCUGUGAGGGUGGAACAUUCUUCAACAGGAUUCCUUGCAAGGCCUCGGCUGUAAAAUCACUGAGUCCCAAAAGGCGUUUAGCCGCACCCAAUUUUCUCCGAUUUCUACUGUUUGUGCUGUGCAGUUUAUGACCGUGUCCAAAGCUACAGCCAUAAUCGGUAGACGGUACCGAUUGGAUAAUCGCUGUUUGCAUCGCCGAGCGGUGAACAAGAAACUAUUAAAUCCAGUUUUUAGAUGCUACCCAAAUCAAAACCAAACAGAUUCCAUGUUGUGUUCUCACUUUGCGCCACACCUGUCUGUGUUUCACACCUGUUUGUCUAGCUAAUCAGCCUCGCAAUAUGGUCACCAUGCUGCCCCAGAUGGGAAAGUAGAAGAAAUGUGUGCGUGCAAAGUCAGAACAAACAUUGCCAGCCAUAUUACAUUUUGAUUUGGGGGAGGGGGUAAACGGCGAUUCUCCAAUCUUAAUCGUCAACCGUUCAUGGCUGUAACUUCGGACGCUGAACACAUGCUGCGGUGAUUGGACCAUGAGUCCUCUCAAACGCAGUCGCUAUGGAAUGCCCUUCGACCUUUUCUCAUUAAGUAAUUAAAUAUUUAAACAGUGGUCUAAUAUUGGCCUACUUGCUAGCUAGCCUUGUAAACACGAAACUCUGCGGCAGAGCUAAAACUUGUGUUCGAGGUCGUGUACAGGCUGCUGUUUAGCCGUAAGCAGCAGAUUUUCGAGCUACCUUUCACGAGUUUUGAUCAGUCAGGGAAAUAAGUGCUGAAAACAUGUAUUUUUAAAAAGAAGAUGGAGAACAAGCUAUAGAAUGAAAAAUACUGGAGUUUUAUAAUAUCGCGAAAUGUAACUAUCGAGUUACAUGGACACUAGAGUUCUCAUUUUUAACCUGAACCCGACGGGCCCCGAUGGUUUUAUACUGGGCCGGCCUUGUCUGUCCGUGUCUGCGCACCUUUUUUACUACGUCUCUCUCCACAGCAACAGCAGCUGUAGCCACUACCGGCACCAGGAUGAUCAAACAUUCUUCUGAUUUAAAUGUUUCUAACUGCGAUACGAAUAGGCUGUGCACUCGGGAGAAUGAUGAUCCACGAGACUACGACAGGCAGUGCAUCUCAGAAUCAGGAGAAGCCCAUAAUUCCAAUGGCAUCUGUUAACACCAAUACAUCCUAACAAAAUACACCCUAUAACUGCCCUGCUAAUGUGCCUUGCUGGACCUUGUAAACUAUCGAAAGUAGACCCAUAACUGAUCCAAAAGUUUUCCUAAUCAGGCAUUGGCUUGAUGCAGCUCUCACAGCUCAAUGGUGGAUAGAUGGAUAGAUAGAUAGAUACAAGGCUACUAGACCUAAUAAUGAUAAUAGUAAUACAUAAUAAUAACUACAAGAACACUAAGAACAAACAGGUAGCCUAUUUAAUUUUUUACCGGUUGGAACAGUGUAAACAACCCUAAACUAAUUUAAGUAAUGUUUUAACGAAAUCAAGUUGUAAAAGCCUUUUACAGCAUAGCAAAAAUAUUUAAACUGCUUUUUUCAACAUAUUGCGUGAGGCUUGGAGCUCCAUUUAUAUCGUAUCGGAUUAUGGAAUCAGUUUUAAACAAACACUCAAAUGGGCAACAGCAGCUAGAUCUGUCUUAUUUCAGAAUAUAUGGAUGUUUUAUAAAGCCCGACACGUUCAACAAAUGUUGAUCAUAACUAAGGUACGUUUCUCUACUCGCUUUUCAUCGAAAAUAUACUUCUCAAUGGUUUAUAUAGCCCACUGGUGAAAUUUGUUGUUAUGCACAAUGGUAACAUGGACUGGGUAAAGGUACAACUGUUUUCUAGAAAUCUGGGGGGGGGGGUUUCGGGUUCGGGCUCAUUACAUUUCUGUGACAUCGGACUUGAGUGGGGGUCGGGCUCGGGCUAAGCCGAACCGGGCAAACAUUUUCAGGCCUUUUGACAACUUUAGUGGACACCCACCUGUCUUGAUCAAUGAGAGACGAUCAGAAGUUGACAAAAUGGCGACGUAUACAUAGCUGGAUUACUUCAUGGAGCAAAACAUUAUUUAAUUCAAUAACAGAGCAUUUUAAAUUCAAACGUUCCCCCUGCAACUGGCCAUGGGCGUUUAGAAGACCGGUGACUUCUGAAUCGAGAAUAAAAAAAGUAUUGCGAAGUAAAGGUUGGUGAAAUCUGCUUACGGCUAAAUAGCAGUCUGUACAUGACCUCGGAAACAAGCUUUAGCUUUGCUGCCGAGGUUCGGGUUCGUGUUUACAAGGCUAGUUGUUCACAACUAGUCAAGUUUAAUGAUGACAACUUUAUUUUGCAACACCCUCAGUGACAAAGAACUACUUCCAAAAUCGAGAGUUCUCCUUCACGUUGAAGGAUGACAUCUACGUACGAUAUCAGUCGUUCAGCACACAGAACGAGCUGGAGAAGGAGAUGCAGAAGAUGAACCCGUACAAGAUUGACGUUGGAGCGGUCUACAGUCACAGGGUGGGGUUCCAUUACUCACCGUCUUUAUCUGACCACCUGUUACACACAUUCUUGCUUUCUUUCUUCACCCUCUGUCUCACUCAAUCACUUGCCUCUAUUGUCCCUCAAGUGUCCAUAUUUUAUUGAUGUUCAUUCCUCUUCUUCUGUCACCCUCAGCCCAAUCAGCAUAACACAGUCAAGUCUGGAUCCUUCCAGGCUCUGGAGAAGGAGCUGGUGUUUGAUAUUGAUAUGACAGACUAUGAUGAUGUCAGAAGCUGUUGCAGGUACUUGGAUCACAGCCAGAAAGUGUAUUUGUAGUUCCACCAUCUUUUCUAUUGUACAGAUGUGGAGUAUGUUUGAAUGUAGAACAGACUAAUUCAGGGACGAUACCUUUGACGUUUUGUUGGGAAUGUGGGACAGUUCAUCAGCAGUCUUGUCUGUUUUUGUUUUGCAGUGCUGCAGACAUCUGCCCAAAGUGCUGGACUCUGAUGACUAUUGCCAUCCGUAUCCUGGACAGGGCCCUUCGAGGUGAGUCAAAAAAAUGGUUAAUUUAAUUGCCAUUUAGCAGACGCUUUAUCCAAAGCCAGUCAUGAAUGCAUAUCUUUUUUUUUAUGUAUGGGUGAUACCUUGAACAGAGGACCAGGAUUUUUCUAUCGGUAAUUUUGUAAUGUUAUCUGAAUGUGAUUCAUUUUAAUGUUUACCUGUGUUUGUUGCCUUUUUUCUGGGGUGCUCCAGAUGACUUUGGUUUCCGGCACUGCCUGUGGGUGUACUCGGGCAGGAGAGGGGUGCAUUGCUGGGUGUGUGACGAGGCCGCCCGGAAGCUCUCUGUGGCGGCGCGCUCCGCUGUGUCUGAGUACCUGAGUCUGGUCAAGGUAAGACCACCUCUCAUAACAUAACCCACACAAGGCUAAAAGAGGUUUCCAACAAUCAAGGGUUAUACUCUUCUUGGCUGUAUUUUAAUGGAGCAGUAGACUCAAUCACAUGCAAUAUUUGAUAGUGGUGAUGCGGGAGCUUCACGCUUCUCGGUUUCUGUUCAUUUGAGUCAAGAAAUGCUGAGCGUAAAGAAAUGCCUCAGUGAUAACAAGACUGUAGAAAGGAUUUCAUAUAAAAUUUAAGCAAACUUACACUGUGUUCAUGUAAAUCAGUAGCCUGGUCAUUGAGUCAUUUAAUAUUUUUUCGGUUCUUCAGGGUGGAGAAGAGACGGUGAGGAAAGUAGUGCUGUCAGACCCAAUUCAUCCAUUCAUCAAGUAAGAUUAUGAUUCACUUUAAAAGCCUUCCAAAUGAACUACAACCUUUUUUCACAAGUUACAUACAUGGUGUUAUCCUUGUUAGACGUUGUGGGUUCUAAUAGCUGAGAAAAGGACCAUUAGUUUGAGGCAUUGUCUAACUGUUAGAGGGCAGCAUCACGUUGAAUCUUGAAUGACAAGUUGACCUCUAACCCCCUGUUUCCCCUCCAGUGAAUCCCUAAAGGUGGUGGAGCACUACUUUCCCCAGUACGCUGUAGUGGGACAGGACAUACUGGGCAGCAAAGAGGCUGCAGACAAAGUGCUGGCCCUCGUGCCUGAAGAUAUCCUUUUGCUCUCUGCCAAUUUUUAUUAUAUGACACAAUAUGAAAUGUGACAUGCGUACAGUACAUACACGUUCCGUAUGUUACCGUUUAGCAGGUUUUGUGAUAUAUCAAUUGCAUGUUGAGGGAGAGCGAGAACAUGCCUAUCCUUAACGGAAACUUCACAUGUCAGAAAGGAGCUGCUGCAGUACUUCCAGACUGAAAAAAACCCUGAGAAGCGCUGGGGCAGACUUAAGACUCUGGUCCAAAACAAACGUGUAGGUGGCCAUGCUCACACAACAGUGCAAUAAAGACAUAAGCCUUGUUAUAACACAAUGCAACAAUAUGGUGAUGUUAAUGGCAGCCAAGCAUGCACUUAUGACAACUCUACUUUCUUCAACCAGACGACUGCCAAGGGCCACUACUUUGAGAAGGAGAUCAUGCUGCAGUACUGUUACCCUCGGCUUGAUGUGAACGUCAGUAAAGGAGUCAACCACUUGCUGAAGAGCCCCUUCAGCGUCCAUCCCAAAACAGGUAAGGAAAAACUCAUGAAGUGCAAGAGUAAUGCUUGAAACAUGACAGACGUUUAACCCAAAUGUUGCCUGUGAAAGAAACGGUCAAAGGACGCUCUCAUUCAACUGAGGGAGAUACUCUUAGGAUGUCAUUAGCCCAACACUCAACAACACCUUUCCUCCCUGUUCCUUACUUUGCCAAAGGGCGGAUCUCUGUUCCUAUUGACCUGAGAGAACUGGAUCGCUUUGACCCCUUUGAUGUGCCCACUAUCAGGUAAGCCCUACUCAGUCAAUUUGUCAUAAUAAGAACUUUGUAAAGAGCUUUACAAAUUCAAAAUGUAUUCCCAAAGCGCUAAACACAAAGUUUGUAUGUGUGGCGUCCCUGUGGUUCUUCUCAGUUGGUAUACUCACCGGUCCUGUUAUUGUAUCUCCCUGUAGUCUGAUCUGUGAGGAGCUGGAUCGGCCCAAGACAGCAGAGGAGGAAGAGGAGAAGGAAGACACCGAUGAGAAUGAGAGAGAAGCAGGAGAGCGACGGAAGAGAAGAGGUAUUCAAAAAGACGAGUGCAAUUAAUCACUAAGAGAACCAAGGGAUCUGAUAUUCAUUUGUUCAUUGCAUGUUGAUUUGACUAACACAAAUGUUCUGGUUCCAUAGACUACAAACAAACAAGCUUGGCGAAGUAUGUGAAACUGUUUGAUCAAUUCCUGGAAGGGAUGGCUCGCUCAUGGAAAGGGGAGCAUCUUAAAAAGAGUGGUGAGUGUAAUUCAAGUCCUUAGUGGAAGAAUACAAUUGUUAGUAUGAACAUUCAGAUCUAAAAGAUUUGAUCAUGGCUUUUUUUCUCAAUUUCUUUUCACAGAUCUUCAAAAGGACUUCUAACCCUGAGCAGUGUCCAACGGAUUAAUGGCUGUUGCUGGGAUUGGUACCUACAAUGGUUGGCUAAUCUUAAACAAGCCCAUCAUAUCAGUUGUUCAUAAUCUGACAGUUAAAGAUGGAGAACACACAUUACAGAUACUGUAAACAAAUGGUCUGUUUGAGAAUUGUCAUGCAAAUAUUUUACUCUAUCAACGAUUUAAAAUCACAGUUGUGCAAAACUUUUAUGUAGCCUGUUGUUUUCUAAUUAAAAUGACUUCAUACUACA